AAACUUUUAAUUGGUAAAUUCUUCUCUUAUUAUUUCAUCUCCCCUGUUCAUCAUCAUCAAUCAUUCAAAGACUUCAAAUUUUGAGAGUUUUUUCAAAAACCAAAGUGGCUGCUGCAAAUACCCAACAACCAAUCCACCCUUUCCCAAAACGGGGAGGUGGUCAAGGCUUUUAGGUGGUUGGAAAAUGGAAUCAAAAAAGAAUCUUUGAACGGGCAGCCCAGCUGUUUGUUUGAAUGAAUGAAUGAAUGAAAAAUUGAACAUGUGGGCUUCAUCCUUCCAUGGGGUUUCUUUGAAUUUCUGAAAUUCUGUCAAUCAAGACUCAACUUUUAUCCACUGUUUAGGUUUUCCAUGGAGCUAAUUCUAUAAGGGUCUGUUUGAAUUUGUGAGGACUUUAUGGGGUUUCCUGGAACAAUCCUCACAUGAGUGUGAUUGGUUCUGGGGAGGUUUAGUUUUUCUCUGGGAAUUGAAUAUGCUUGGGGGUGAAGAUAAUGAUAAAGAUGUGUUAUCCGGCGGCGGGAAUCGGAGAACAUAUGCUCGGUCUGCUUCCUGGACUGACCGCUCUCCUAGGAAAUCAAAUUUUGCCAAGAAACAAUGGAAUAGUAAGGCAAGGGCUUGUUUGCCUCCCCUUCAACCACUUUCAAUCAACAGGCCAAAGGCUGAGGAGUGGCCUAGUGCUGGGUCAGAUGAUCUAGGUGUGUGGCCAAACAACCCUCCUACUCCCGGGGCCCGCCUCGGGCCGAUUACCAUCCAGGAGACUUCGACGUCCGAGCAGCCUCCGAGGGAAUUUCAGUUCAAGCGAGACAAGCUUGCGUUCUUUAAUAAGGAGUGCUCGAAGAUUGUGGAUCAUAUAUACUUGGGGAGCGAGACGAUUGCCAAGGACCGUGAGAUUCUUCGUCAGAAUGGGAUCACUCAUGUCCUGAAUUGCGUUGGGUUUAUCUGCCCGGAGUAUUUCAAGGGCGAUAUGGUGUACAAGACACUCUGGCUGCGGGACAGCCCGACUGAGGACAUCACGAGCAUUCUCUAUGAUGUUUUCGAUUACUUUGAGGAUGUUCGAGAACAAGGUGGGCGAGUCUUUGUUCAUUGUUGUCAGGGGGUGUCCAGAUCAACCUCUUUGGUUAUAGCGUAUCUGAUGUGGAAGAAGGGGCAGAGCUUCGAAGAUGCUUUUCAGCACGUGAAAGCAGCAAGAGGGGUGACGAACCCGAAUAUGGGUUUUGCGUGCCAACUUUUGCAGUGUCAAAAGCGGGUUCAUGCUCUACCUGUAAGCCCGACUUCUUUGCUGAGGAUGUAUAGGAUCGCUCCCCACUCUCCAUAUGAUCCCCUCCAUCUUGUUCCAAAGAUGUUGGGUGAACCGGGAGUUAAAGCACUUGAUUCUCGAGGAGCGUUCCUUGUUCAUGUUCCCUCGGCUAUUUACGUGUGGAUAGGAAAGCACUGUGUUUCAGUAAUGUCAGACAAUGCUCGGGCAGCUGCUGAUCAGGUUGUCCGGUAUGAAAAGGCUAAGGGUCCAAUUCUAAUCCUCAAAGAAGGCGAAGAGCCAUCCGAGUUUUGGGAGGCUCUUGGCAAUGAAAAGUUCUUUGUUCAUAUAAAAAACGAGGGAAUUUUGUCUUCGAGUGUUGGUUUAAGGAAGGUGAGCGAAUAUGAUUUAGAUUUCGAGAUUUUCCACAAGGCUGUUGCGGGUGGGGUUGUACCGCCAUUUCCGUUAUCGGGGACCGGAUUCGAGACUUGUCUUCCCGCUCGGGCUAACGGCUGGAACAGAUUGAGGCAGAAGUUUGCGAGUGGCGUUAUGAAAGAAUUCAUCUUGUCAUCUAAAAUGAGCAGUAACGACGUGAAUACGAGUCAGGGUAUGAUUGACGACGCCUCUUUAGAAAUCUCUCCCGUUGAGCCUUCAUCGCCUUCGAGUCCUCAGUGCGAUUCACCAGACUCGUUUUCGUCUUAUGCUACCAGCAGUCCUAGUUGGCUGAAGGAUCCUUGUAAAGAUCCCGAGUGUGCAACUCCCGAGCCUUUACUCUCACCUACACCUUCGUUCAGUUCGUUAGAUUCCCUUUCCUGUUUUCUUCCCGGGAAACCAAAGUCGAGCUCCACAUCCCCCUCGCUCUCACCGUCAACCUCGGAUUACUCUAGCUCCUUCACUUUCUCGCCCACUUCUUCUAACUGGUCUGACUUGUCAUACCUAUCUGCACAGCCUUCGCCUUCUGGAAUGGAGUCCAAAGAUCCACAUGUGUCGAAUGGAACCUUAAAAGAAGACCCGUGUUUACUUUGUAAAGGAACUUUGACUCGAACCGAAGAAUCAUUUCCAAACACUCAUAUAGCUAGAGUAACAAACACUUGUUCCCCCUCAAUAGCGGAGCGUAGAGGAAGUCAUCCUCCACCGCGAAUGAUGUUGACUUCUAUCGACGAGGCUCCUCAGCUUCCUCCCAAUUUGGCAAGAACGUGGUCGUUUUCUCGACCCGAUGUAGAAGAUGUUGUAAUGAGGGGCGUUGAGUGCCACAAUUUCGAAGACGGUUCCGUUGAGUUGAGUAUCGAGGAGCCAAUGGUGGACUCUGAGACGUUGGUAACUGACGGUGAAUUCCAUGGAAGAGUUCAAACGACUAACGUUGCCCUUUAUGAGUGGCCUUCGAUGCAUAAAUUCGAGUUGCCUUGUGGGCCUCUCGAUUCGAGGGCCGUCUAUCUCAUAUUUGUUCCCGAUGUGAGCGUCGACUCCAAAAACAACAACGUUUUGUACGUUUGGAUAGGGCGUGACGUGCCAUGGACGCAAAGAAACGGUCAGUCGAUCAAGAACGAUAGCAUGUGGGAGGAUGGUCAUAUCCAGUGGGAGGCAGUUGGACACAAUUUUCUUCUUGAAAAGCGUCUGGUUAGAUCUGUUGUACAGAUAGUGAAUCAAGGCAAGGAACCCGAUCAUCUCCUUAAAAACGUAUCCUGCCUCUCUCGAGAACGCACUAAUUAGGCGAGAGGUAUUGUAAUCUCGGGUUUUUCAGCCGUUGUGCAUCCACCUUGGCAAGCAUCUUAGCGGUGGCGAAAUGGCAUCCUAGGUAGAUGUUCUCGACUUUCUGCCCGUGUGAUGUGUGGAAGGAGGAGAUACAUGCAUGUACAGAGAAGAAGAAACUGCUGUCGUCUUAGGAAUUACAAGUAUAUAAUUUUGUCGCUAAUAAGCCUCUACACCAACUUCUCUUAAAAUUGUUUUAUGGUUUGCCACCUUCCUCUGUUCCUUUCCAUUUUCACUCAAGGUUUGUUUUUCUGCUACAGAUACAGAUAUAAUAUAGCACUAGUCUCCUAGACUUUGUUUAUUCUGUGUUUCA